GUGUUUUCGUCGACUGGUACUGCGCAUGCGCAAUGACAGGAGUCCUUGGCUGAUCGGCCUACUGUAGGUUACAGAUCCGGUAAGGGGACACAGACAAAAUGCAGAGCUGGACGCAGUUAUACCGCUCCUUGGCCACGCGGAGCCACCACCUGCCCUGCAAGCUGCACGGAGCUUCGGCGCUGUCCGUCAGAACCUACGCCGACAAAGCAGCAAUCGAUGCAGACGUCACGGUGGUGGGCUCCGGUCCGGGCGGCUACGUCGCUGCCAUCAAAGCCGCACAGCUCGGCUUCAAGACAGUGUGUGUUGAGAAAAAUGCCUCGCUGGGUGGGACCUGUCUGAACGUCGGCUGCAUCCCCUCCAAGGCUCUGCUGAACAACUCCUACUUGUACCACAUGGCUCACGGCAAGGACUUCGAAAGCAGAGGCAUCGAAAUUUCAGGCCUGUCGUUGAACCUCGAGAAGAUGAUGGCUCAGAAGAGCGGAGCGGUCAAAGCCCUGACCGGAGGAAUCGCACAUCUAUUCAAACAGAACAAAGUGACCCACGUCAGCGGUUUGGGGAGGGUGACUGGUAAGAACCAGGUGACGGCCGUAGCAGCCGACGGCAGCGAGCAGGUCAUCAACACCAAGAACAUCCUCAUCGCCACCGGCUCAGAGGUCACGCCCUUCCCCGGGAUCCCGAUCGAUGAGGACACCAUCGUGUCGUCAACAGGAGCUCUGUCCCUGAAGAAAGUCCCCGAGGAGAUGAUCGUGAUCGGAGCCGGAGUCAUCGGAGUGGAGCUGGGGUCAGUGUGGCAGCGUCUGGGCUCUAAAGUCACAGCGGUGGAGUUCCUGGGCCACGUGGGCGGCAUGGGCAUCGACAUGGAGAUGUCCAAGACCUUCCAGCGCAUCCUGCAGAAGCAGGGAUUCAAGUUCAAGCUCGGCACCAAAGUCCUGGGAGCCACCAAGAGGCCCGACGGCAAGAUCGAUGUGGCGGUGGAGGCGGCGGCCGGAGGGAAGAGCGAGACUCUGACGUGCGACGUGCUGCUGGUCUGCAUCGGCCGACGGCCGUUCACGGAGAACCUGGGUCUGGACUCUGUCGGCAUCGAGCUGGACAACCGGGGACGCAUCCCCGUCAACAACCGCUUCCAGACCAAAGUACCCAGUAUUUAUGCCAUCGGUGACGUGGUUGCCGGGCCGAUGUUGGCGCACAAGGCCGAGGACGAGGGCAUCAUCACGGUGGAGGGCAUGGCCGGCGGCGCCGUGCACAUCGACUACAACUGCGUUCCCUCCGUUAUCUACACGCACCCCGAGGUGGCCUGGGUGGGCAAGACGGAGGAGCAGCUCAAAGAGGAGGGCGUCCCGUACAAAGUCGGCAAGUUCCCCUUCGCAGCCAACAGCCGAGCCAAGACCAACGCAGACACGGACGGCAUGGUGAAGAUCCUCAGCCACAAGGAGACGGACAGGAUGCUGGGAGCUCACAUCGUCGGAUCUGGCGCCGGAGAGAUGAUCAACGAAGCUGCUUUGGCCAUGGAGUACGGAGCUUCCUGUGAAGACAUCGCCAGAGUCUGCCACGCCCAUCCUACGGUGUCGGAGGCCUUCAGAGAAGCGAACCUGGCCGCCUCUUUCGGCAAAGCCAUCAACUUCUGAGCCGCUGUCGCACCUUCAGUGUACAUAAGAGAAGAUAACAACCUUCCUCCAACCCAGCCGGGACCCUCUGUGUACAUCCAAAACUGUCCCACACUUAGUCCUAAUGCUAUUUAAAUGUUCUCAAUAAAACCGUAAAGGAGGGGAUUGGGCGCUGACUGCA